AUGCUCUUCAAAUUCCCCAUCACCCUGCUCGCUAUCAGCAGCGGCGUUAUGGCCUACACGAACAACUGCAAAGGAUCCACGAAUUCGCCCAACCUCGCUGAAUGCAAAGAUGCCAUUGACAACAACAUCAACGCAGGCGUCACCUACUACCACGACCAAGAGUUCUCCUACGGAAACUGCUUCGUCAAGUACGCAACGAAGGACAAGGCGAGUGUGUCACACCCUGUGUCCGGUCAGACAAUCAAGGAUGUAGCAAGGCGCAUCUUAGCUGAAUGCGGACAUCACAAAGGCAGCUACGGGACGGACAAUGACUGUGAACAAUGCCAUGUCACUAUCAACUAUCGAGGUUAG